GUGAGGACAAAGGAUGGGGCAUGGUUUAGGUGCACAACUUUAACAAAAGUGGCCAAGUGCUUAAAACCAAGGCAACAAAAUAAAUGAUUUUGCGUCCAUAUAAACUUUUGGCUGAGGGCAUAAAUGAACAGGUAAGACGUUGGCAGAUGAUCACAGUUACCAACAACAUACUUUGAAGUACAGAGGCAGUGUCUCUUCUGUAAAUGAAAUAUCUCCCACCUGGUAUUGAGCAAAGACACUACUGUUCUUGGUUUUCUAAACAUUGGUUGUGGCAUCUGUGUUUUUGCCAAGUUUAGAUUCUCCACCAGAAAAUAAAAAGAAGGGACAUUUCAAGUUUUCCCUUUUUCUUAGGAUUUCAUCAAAAAGGGCAGAGUUGAAUUUUAAAGAGGUGGAAGUGGCUCUUGAGUAGAGUUGAAUAUAUAGUUGGGGAAGAGUGGCUCUUGAGUACAGUUGAAUGCUGAAGAUUGAGAUCAAGAAUUUGCUGCAUUGAAAGAUCAAGUAGAAAGACAAUGAUUGCUACUAGCAAGGAAGAUGGAAAAUGGAGUGAUCGGAAGAUGGAAGGAGAUGGUGGUUUGAGGACUUUAGAGUGCCUAAGAGGAAGGCUGCUUGCAGAGAGACAAGCUUCAAGGGUUGCAAAAGAGGAUGCAGAACUCAUGGGAAAGAAGUUGAUGGAACUAAAGAACCAGCUCAAUGAAGAGAUCAAAUUGAAGGACAGAGCUGAAAAGAAGCUCAAAUUUUUGAAGAGAAAGCUUGAAUCUUUGAAAAUUUCAUCCUCAUCAGUAGAAUCCCAACAGUCAAGUUCCUCCAAAAACAGUGAAAUAUCUUGCAGUCAAUCCACUACUACUUCAUCAGCAGGCUCCAAUGACCCAGAAGCCCAUGAACCCAAAUCCAAAGUCACAGAGUCAGAAACCUCAGAAAAUUUUGAUCGAAGUGUAGCAGACACCACCACAUCUGAGCAAAGCCAUGAAAGUCUCUUCACUGAAGAAAACACAACUCCUCAAAGUACCAGUGCUUCCAGUUCCAGUUCAAGUACUAGCAUAAGUUGUCCUUCCCCAGAAGGGUUUUGCCACAACCCAACUCACAAAUCUGAAGAUUCAAAGAAUGAUGAAAAUAGGUAUGCAAGUCCAAUUAACCUGAGAAGUUCUUUCAAGCUUAGUGUGUGUACUUAAAAAUGUUCUUGGCAUUCCAUGUUGGGAUUUGCUUAAUUAAGCUAAUUAAAAUAAAAUUUGGCAAAUGUUUCAGUUAUUCAAACAUAAAAUCUUCAAUGGCAGAGAUUGAGAAUUAUGAGAAUGGUCACUUGGAUUAUGUUGAUAAUACACUAGCAUUAGUACCUGCCAGUAUGCCUGCUACCUGUCACACCAGCACUGAAUUGAAGCCAGUUAGUGAAAGUGUUAGACAGGUUCUUGAUGAUCUCAGGAAUAUCAGAGAAAAUCUUCAAAGCUCAAUGGAGAAAAGAAAUAUAAUUAGAGCUGGCCAAUUGAUCAAACUCAAACAUGCAAAUAGUAAUAAUUAAUAAUAAUGUAUACAUCCCUUUUAUAUGAAAUAAUCAGUACUAUAUACAAGUAUAUUAUAUGAAUUAAUAUUUGUGUAUGUGGGUAAUAAAGUUAAUCCAACUGGGAAAAUUCACUCACAGAGAGCAUGUGAAUUUGUGGGGUUGAUGUCCCAUUGGUGCUUCGAUCUGGGUCCCAACUUUUGGCCGUAUUCUUCUUUUGGUUUUCUCUAAUAAACUUUUGUAGCUUGAGUGAAAAUUGAAUUUUGGGAGGUGGUUGGAUAUGGCAGCUUGAUUCUUGUGACCUGUAUAUCUUAAGAUUUUAUUGUUGAGAUUUGGCCUUAGCUCUCUACAUUUGUUGGCUUGGUCUCUGGUCUGCUAGAAAAUCAAUUUGAAUUUUGACACAUGUAUAAGAGAGCCUGUAAAUGAUGAUUUGGAUAGAUUUGGUUCUAGAGGUUCUCUUUCUUUUUUUUUUCCUUCUUUUUUAAUCCAAGUUCUUAAAUUUGGAAGUUAUUGGCCAAAUGCAAGACUACCACAGUGGUUGUGACCUUCUUCCUUUCCCUGCUUGACACCCAGAAUUGAAACUCUAGGAUUUCUUUCUUCCUAAUGUAAUAAAAAAAACAAAACAAAAAGGAAGCCAUUUGAGUUUUUACUCUGUGAAGCCAUCUGGUAAGAUUUAAUUAAUAAUUAAGCUGAACAGUACUGCCCAUAAAAGAUUUAAGUAAUGACUGGUUUGGGCUCUGUGCUAAGAUUUCUGCAUGGUGUGAAAAAUGCCCAUAAAAGAACAAGGAUUGCUAAACACAAGACAUGGAUCUUCUCUUAGUGUGGUUUGCAGUUGAGUCAGCGCUUUGGAUUACAUGCAGCCCAUCACAUGUUCAAGAGUGCUUCUGCACACAUGCAAUGGAUUUUGUGUACAAUUAUU